GUCAGGUGUUUGAUAAAUUGUCUGAAUGAGCUUGGACUGCAUUUUUUUUUCCAAGGGGAGGCACUUUGUAAGACCCCCUGCAAAAAGCAAGAAAAUGAAGGGAGUUUCGAUUUUUGCUUUGUGCCUUUGUGGAUGCAGACAAGGAAAAUGAACUAUUAUGAGAAACUGAUGAAAUUGGUGAAGCCUGGUGUGGUACUCAUCUAUGACAACACCCUCUGGCAAGGCACUGUUGUUGCCUAUCCAGAAGGGGCUGUCUUUCCAGAAUACAAAAGGAAGGAUAGGAAACUUGUAAUGGAGUUCAACCGACUGAUUUCGGCUUCAGUUGAAUGGAAUUAGAAGUGUGUGGAAUUCGUUUUAAAUUUUCAUUUCAUUGUGUUUCUUUUUGUAAGUAUAGGUCCAAGAUCAAUGAUCUUGGACAUAUUGUGAACAUAUUACCAGGACUACUGGUUACCUCCUAGAGUCAAAUUUGAGUUCAAACCACUCAAUAAUUGAGGUUUGAUUGA